CAAGUGAUGUGAUGUUCGACGUAGCGAGAAAAAUAAUAAAGUUUUAAAAAGUGAUUCGCAAGUGAUAUUAGAGUAAAUAACUUAAUAUUGUGGUGUUUAAUUUAUUUUGUGUUCGAUUUUAGUGUUUGUAUAUACAUUUCAAGUAUAGCGUGUUAUUUGUGUCUGGAAAAUGAUUAUUGAAAACCCAGACGCUUUUAAAUCUUGGUUGACGUCCAUAUUGGAACCUCUUUGCGACGCAGACCCGGCCGCGCUCGCUAAGUAUGUGUACGCAUUGGUGAAGAAGGACAAGCCUUUGGAGGAGCUGCGGGAAGGCAUGCUGGACCAGCUUGACGUGUUCCUGCAGCAGGAAACCAGACCUUUCGUAGACAUGCUGUUCAAGUCGCUGGAGACACAUGACUACCUGAAGCACACUCCUGUGGAGAAGAAGCAGCCGUCACCACCACCGGAUCAGCCUCCACAGGAGGAGCCCGAGAAAGAGCCUGAAAAUGAAAACCAUGUUCCAGCACCACCACUGCCACCUGCAGACAAGCCACCCAUCCCUCGCCCACGUAUCGACAACGGCAGCAUGGCGCACCGAGUGGUGGUGCCGCGCUCGAGACCACACCCUCAUCACGAGCAGACCUUAGUUAAGCUUCUACCAACAGAACUUUUAGAAGAGCCAAUGGAACCUCCUAGACGAAGAGAACGUAGGACUGAUUCCCUUCGCGACAAAGAGGAGCGCCGCCGCCGCCGCUCGCGCUCGUGGGAGCGCCGCGCGCGCCCGCGCCGAGCGCCGCGCGACCUGGACCACGAGCGGAGGUGCGCCAGGAGGCCCACGUCGCGCUCGCCGUCGCCGCGCGGUCGCUACCGCAACAGGAGCCCGCCGCCGCUCGUCGCAGACAGACAUCCCAGUCGCUCUAGAUCGAGAUCCCCAGGACUAGUCCGCGACCGUGACCCGGAGCGCGAAAGGGACAGACUGCGGCCACAGCGUGAGAUAGAGAGGGACAGAAUGUCGCGCGACAGAGAGCAUAGAGAUAGAAUCUCUCGCUCCAGGGACAGAGAUCGGUCACGUGACCGGUCGCGCGACCGCUCCAUGUCGCCGCACGAAGAGACACGCCUGCACACGGACCCCUACAAGAGGAGGUGUAGAGAUUUUGAUGUGAAGGGCUACUGCAUGCGCGGCGACCUGUGCGAGUGGGACCACGGCGCGGACCCCGUGGUGCUGGAGGACGCCACGCUCACCAGGGUGCUGGCCAUUCCGCCGCCCGUGCCAGAGUACAACCCGGCCGCGCCUGACAUUUGGGGCGGUGGAUUGGUGGGGGGAUUCGCGCCGCCCUCCAUCCCGCAUCUGCCGCACAUGCCUCACCACUUAGCACCUAGAGAACUCGUCCCAAUACCUAGGGUGCGCCACGAGCCGCCGAUGGGGGCAGUGAUGCCGCCCGCGCCCAGACACCCCGCGCCCAUGAAGAAGAAUUUCGACUACAAUCGGCUGGGUAAGGGUCCGUCUCGGCCGACGCUCCACCACAACCCGGCGAACUGCUCACUGGAGGUGAAGAAGGUGCCGCCCGGCCUCAACGACAUCACGCACCUCAACAACCACUUCUGCAAGUUCGGCAAGAUUGUCAACAUCCAGGUUUGCUACGAGGGCGACGCGGAGGCGGCUCUGAUUACUUUCUCCAACCCGACGGAAGCGAACGUGGCGUACAAGAGCACGGAGGCGGUGCUCAACAAUCGGUUCAUCAAGGUCUUCUGGCACAAUCCAGAGUUUGUGUGUCGUGGUCAGAACAAGCAGGAGAACACGGCGCCGGGCGGGCAGGCGGGCGGCAAGCCGGCGGAGCGCGCGCCGCACCUGUCGCACAACAAGGUGCUCAUCAACAGGGACAACAUCAAGGCCACCGCCGACAACAAGCAGAACGCCGACAAGCUAGCCAAAGAGGCCAGCAACGGGCAGGAGCCGGCGAAGGAGCCAGUGAAGAAGGUGGACACGACGAGCAAGCAGGUGCAAGAGAUGCACCGGCGCGCGCAGGCGCUGCUGCAGACGCAGUUACGGCAGCAAAAGCUGCUCAUCGAGCGUCUGGAGACCGGCAACGGCACAGAGCAACAGAAAGCUGCGCUGAUGGAAGCCAUCAACGCGUCACAGGAAGGCAUCGAGAAGCUGAGGAAAGAGCUCGUCGCCUAUAACGGCAUGGCGAGACAGAUGCAGGACGAGUCCGUAUCAAGAUCGAUGUCUCGCCUGCAGCUCGGCCAGCUGAAUGCAAAGAAACCGAAAACGCCCCAGGAGGCGCAGAAGGAAAUACUGGACGCAGAGCUGGAUAUUAUAACGAAACAACAGGAGGGCCAAGACGUGACCGAGCUGGCCAAGAAGAUAGUGGAGAUGAGGAGGCAGAUGGCGCUGCAGUUCCCCACGCACGUCGGCGUGCGCAGGGUGCACUCCAGGGGCGGGCGCUUCAACUCAGCGAUGCGCUACAUCCGGGGAGGCGUGGCCGCCAAGGGAUUCAGCGUCAACCAGUCGGUGGACCACCGGCCCAAGGCGCUGCUGGUCUCCGGCUUCGAGCCUGAGGAGCUGGAGGCUUUACAGGCGCACUUUGCGCAAUUCGGCGAGAUCACCGGCAAGGAGGUGAACCUUUCGGUGCCCGAGCUGGUGGUGCAGUACCGCGCGCGCGCGCACGCCGAGCAGGCGCUGCUGCGGGCGCGCCACUACAACGACCGCACGCUCUCCAUAACGUGGGUGACCAACAACAAGGUGCUGAGCGCCGCGCCCGUACUCAACGGCGCGGCCAACAACUCGGCGCCCGACAACAAGGAAGUGCAGCAGCCGCCGCAGGAGUUGUCAGAGGACGCGCUUCUCCGCUUCGACGAGGAAGAGGAGGACGAGGAGGACCGCUCGUGGAGACGUUGACCCUCGGCGAGCGCUGGCGACGCUGGCGACACCAUCCUUGCUGCUCGUGUCGGGAGCUACCUCACCUUCAACGUGGCUCUCGACAUUACUAAUGUGGACAUUAGUUGCGCAAUAACCAUUACAAAUCUUUUGAAAAUUAUAUCGUUAAUAUAUUUAAUAGCUCGGAUAGCGAAGGAUAGUUAAUUACGGAUUUACGCUUACGCUUAGCGAUACGUUGGGCCUUGACUACUUCUAUUAAUAUUAUUGGCUACCAUACGCAGAGGCACUAUUAUCCACCCACUUUAAUAUGCGUGUGUACACAAAAAUGGGCGGAUAAUUGUGCCUCUGAGUAUAGAAACCGCGCCACGAAAGUCUCGCGGCUAAAACUUGAACUAAAAUUGACAGCGGCUUACACAAAUGGCGUUAUGACCGCCAUUACCAUUAGGACAUUAGCGCCGCGUCUGGGGGACUUGUUUAGUGGCGCGGAGUAUACCUUACGUAAAUGGCUACUUGACAGUUUAAAAAAAUAUUUUAAAAUUUGCACCUAUUUCAUAUUCAAAUAAUCUUUUUUUUGAAUAAGAAUAUUUUUUAUUGAAAAGUAAAAUGAUUUUUAUCCAUUAAUUUUAACGUU